AUGGCCUCCACCCUCAGCGCCCUAGCCCUCGGCCUCAGCGCCUCCAUCCUCUCCUUCCUCUCCCCUCAAACCCCCCUCCUACCAAUGACUAACACAUCGAUCAACAAUACCGCACUAUCCCACUUCGAAACUACCCUCCAACCCCUCCUCUCCCCCACCGCCCAGAUCUGCCACCAGAACGCCCCCUGCUUCACCCGCGCAAGCUCGCGCUGGUCCCCCUGGCACGCGCCCUCCUUCGGCGUCGUCGUCGCCGUCGCCACGCCGGGCGAUGUAGCGGAGACGGUGAAAGCCGCGAGAGGGGCUGGGUUGGGGUUUCUGGCUAUCGGGGGUGGGCAUGGUGCUACGAGGAGUUUGGGGAAGAUGCGGGGUGGGGUGGGGGUUUGGAUGGGGGGGAGGGUUGUGAGAGUUGGCGGAGGGGUGCUGAGUGGGGCGUUGAUGCGGUUUCUUGCGGGGAGGGGGUUGGAGGGUGUCACAGGCGUCUGCGAAUGCACCUCGGCCAUCGCCCCGCUGCUCGGGGGCGGACAUGGCUGGUUGCAGGGGCGGUAUGGACUCAUGGCGGAUAAUUUGCUGUCGGCGGAGGUGGUUAUCGCGAAUGGGAGUGUGGUUACGGUGAGUGGGAGGGAACAUGAGGAUUUGUUUUGGGCGUUGAGGGGCGCGGGGCAGAAUUUUGGAGUUGUGGUGAGGUGGGAUUAUAGGGUUUUUGAGAUGGAGGGGAAGGGGGAGGGUUGGAGUUGGGAGGAGUGGGGGUUUGGGGCGCUCGUCCUCCACCUCUCCAUCCUCUCCCAAACGCCUACCUUCCCAACCCACCUCACCACCGCCCUGCACUCCCUCUCCCCGCUCCACCCACCCCAAACCGGCCACGGCGACCUCCCCGCUUACUCCGACUUCAGCGGCCUGAUGACCAUGUCCGGCCCUUUCUGCACCAAGAACAUCUCCGCAACGCAGCGGAUGCCUGCGAGUCUGCAGAGGCUCAACGCCACGGCCCUCCUUGCAGCCGCUGAGAUGCUCGCGAACCUCCCAAAAGAACUCCAAAACUCCGCCCUCCUAAUCGAAGCCUUCUCCUUAGAAGCCGUGCAAGCCAUCCCCUCCGCCUCAACAGCCUAUCCGGACCGACAGGGGAACUACCUCCUCAGCCCCUUCAUAACGCACCCGCCUCACGAUGCUAAUUUCGAAGAAAUCGGCGAGGUCGCCGGACGGAGAAUUCAGGAUAUCUUAUUUGAGGGGGAUGGGAAGGGGGAGGGGGAGAGGAGGAUGUAUGUGAAUUAUGCGCAUGGGUAUGAGACGUUGGAGGAGGUUUAUGGGGAGGGGUGGAGGGUGGAGAGGUUGAGGGGGUUGAAGAGGAGGUGGGAUCCGGAGGGGGCGUUUGGGUUUUAUGUGCCUAUUGCGUGA